AAAUUACCUGCUAAACAUCGACCGACCUCUCGUCCUUCCUCAACUUGACUGUCAAUAAUCAUAUGGUGCUCAUUAUCUGGCAUCCUCCCGAGUUUAACACAAGUUGAAUUUUUUACUUGCUAGAAGUUUUUAUUUGUAUUCUAAGUAAAUAUGUCCGGCCGUGAGGGAGGAAAAAAGAAACCGCUGAAGCAGCCGAAGAAGGACUCCAAGGAUAUUGACGACGACGACAUGGCUUUCAAACAGAAACAAAAGGAACAGCAAAAAGCACUAGAAGCCGCUAAGGAAAAGGCAGCGAAAGGAGGACCAUUGGGAACGGGUGGCAUCAAGAAAUCGGGGAAAAAGUAACAGUAGCGCUUAUUCAGUUAAAAUCUCCGUGAAAAUUCAUAAAUGAAGCGAAAUAACCUCAAUAAAGGCUGCCGUGUUUCAACCAAUAAUGCUCUGACGCUGUGGGGAAAAAUUCCCAUUCGGACCAUGUGCUAUGUUUGUUGAACCUAAACGUAUGAAUGAAAAAUAAAAUAAGUAAUACCAUUUAAAAUGUACGUUCAAAAGAGGAGCAAAUAAAUGUUCUGAGUCGA